AUGUGGAACAUUCCAGUCAUUAGAUAUGACCCAUUUACCAAACAAAAAAUCAAGGAAGAACUUAAAGAGAAACCUUUUAGUGACGUUAAAUAUGAUCAUAACUAUGGAACAAUCCACAAUAUUCCUUCAUUAAAUCAGCAGGAAAUCAAACUGAAAAUGACUAACGAUGAAACUCAACAAACACCUAUCAACACCAAAAUUGAACCUUUACAGUAAGUAGAAAAUUAAAACUAAAGGAAUUCAAAUAAUAAAUAAAAAAUAUUAUCUCAUUUAUUUUGAUUGUAUUUGAGCACCAUGGUUUUAAUAUGGUGUACAUAUAUAAUUUCCCUAUUUUAGAUUCUUAAAGUUGGGAGAAAUUAAAAAAGGUGAUAAUAUACUGAUUUUGAUUCUUUAUAGUGUAAUGUGUAAUAUGACUAACUUUGUUAUCUUUAGCUUUAACAUCAGUGGUGCUGUUAAAGGUUUGUCAGAGUUCAAUCUCGUUUAAAAAUUAAGGACAGGGCUGCUUUAUAUUGGGCCAAAAUUUACCGAUGAAUGCUUCAUUCAUAAUUUUUGUUUGUCCUAACUCCUUACUAUAAUGAUUAAUGAAAUAAAAACAUGCCAUUUAAGAUUUUGAGCUGCACUCACAAUCUUCUGGUUUUAUUUUUUGGUAGUAGUACGAGAUUAAUGUGGGUAAAUUAAAUUGAAAUUGAAACUCUUUAUGUAUCUACAUAUUGGUAUCAGGUUAGACCAUAAUCUCAUAAAUAGAAUACAUUCAUUAAAAUAAUAUUAAAUAUUCCUUUAGGCAUAUACCUAUUAUAACUUGCAAAAUAAUAUAAGCUUAUUUGUUUUUAAGAUAGGUACAUUCAUAUUAUAAAGAAAAAUAAUUAUGGGAUGCCUAUAAGAAUCUGGAAUGUGGAAAUUUGGAAUUUCAAAAUUUUAAGUCUAUAUAUUUCUGGAAAUAAUGAUUCAGAAUUUUAAAAUUGUAUUUCUGUAUAAAUCUCGAUUAUGUAUGUUUGGUUACUUAUAGUAUGACCCCGAUUUCCCUAAAUUAAUGAAACAUAAUAUUGUUACAUAAUGCAUGGUAAAUUCCAUCAAUUGCUACUAUGCUUCAUACAGUGUUUCAAAAAGUAUCUUAUAAAUGUUCUAAAUAGAGUUGAGGGAUGUUAUUAAAUUUACUAAACAUAGUUAAUGCUAUUCCUGAUCAUCUUCAAAUCAGUUAAAACAAAAUAUACUAAGGAGACAGUUGACUUAUUGUGAAAUAGAUUUCCUCAGUAUUUCCAUUAUGUUGAAUGCAAUGAAAAAGUUUGAAGAUAUUAAUUAAAAAAAAAAAAAUCAGAAAACAUAAACGUUAAAAGAGACCUCUCCUUUAAUUUAUUUAUGUAAUUUGUUGCAUCUUAAAAGAAAUUGCAUAACAUGGUUUGAUUGUUUUAUUUAUAAUUUUAGGUAUGGCAAUUUCAUGAAUAGAAAUCAAAUAUUGAACAUUCCAGUUAUUAGAUAUGACUCAUUCACCAAUCAAAAAAUCAAGGAAGAAAUUAAGGAGGAACCUUUCAAUGAUGUUAAAUAUAACCAUAACUGUGGACCAAUCCACAAUAUUCCUUCAUUAAAUCAACAAGAAAUCAAACUGGAAAUGACUAAUGAUGAGACUCAACAAAAACUUAUUAAUACCACAAUUGAACCUAUAAAGUGAGUAAAAAAUUAAAACCAAAGGAAAUAAAACACUAAAUAAAAAAUAUUAUCUAAUUUAUUUUUUUUGUAUUAUGAGUAUAGUAAUUUAUAUUUGAUGUAUAUUAAUAAUUGUCUUAUUUUAGAUUCUUUGAUUAGGGAGGAAUUAAAAAUAGUUAUAAUGCACUAAUUGUGAUCUCUAUAGUGUAAUGUAUAAUGUGACUAACUUUCUUUUCUUUAGCUUUACCUUCAGUGGUGCCAUUAAGAAUUUAUUAGAGUUAAAUCCUAUUUUAACAUUAAGGAUAGGGCCGCUUCAUAUUGGGCUAAAAUUUAACCAUGAAUGUUUUAUUAACAAUAAAUAUUUAACAAGCAAUAUUUUGUUUGUCCUUACCCCUAACUAUAAUGAUUAAUGAUAUAAACACAUAGCAUUUUAGAUUCUCGUUUCUUUCGAAUUUAAAAUGACAUCAUUUUUUCUGAAAGAAAAUUGACUAAGAAGGUUCUCAAGAGAGGUCAUUUUUAUAUUUUCCUAGAGUAAUUAUUUUACAAUAAUAUGAUAUAUUUAUUGUUGACAUAGCAUCACUAUAAAACUGAACUCCACUCAGAAUCAUUUUUUUGUGUAAGUAAUGAUUUAUUGUGAGUUACAGGUAUACAUUAAAUUACCUAUAACAGUGGCUAAACCUGUCCCCAUUAUCUUUGGAUGUCUUUUUGCCUAUUCAAAUAUAAAAUAUAGGUUCUACAAUAUAAUUCCUAAACACUAACUUAUAAAGAAGGGGUUCAUAACAUUAUAUACUUUACAUAAUAAUUUCGAAAUUGAGAAUUAUAUGAACUAUAGUUAAAAGUUUAUUAUUUUCUUUUCAAAAUUUAAUAGAUACAUACAUUCAUCAUGCACCAUGAGCAUGUAAUUUACAAUAACAUGUUUUAAAUUUAAAAAUCUGAUAAACCUAAUGCACUUAAAGUAAUAUCACUCUGAAUGGGAUUGCAAUUUCAGAACAUAGUAUACAUUGUAUCUUUAAAAUUUAUUUUAUUAUUUUAUAAUGAAGGUAUGAAUAAUAUUAUACACACAUAAACAUAUAGCAAUUUCCUGGUUUUUUUUCUUUGGUAGUAGUACAAUAUAAAUAUGGAUAAAUUAUAUUUAAAUUGAAAUUAUUUAAGUAACUACACACUGGUAUAAAGUGAGACUAUAAUCUUAUAUAUGGAAUACAUUCAUGAAUUUUAAUUAUGUUUUUAAUUGCUUUUCUAUUAUUAACCCGUGAUAUUAAUAUAAGCCCAACAUUUUUUUUUUUGAGAUUGGUACAUUCAUAUUAUAUAGAAAGAUGAUGGGAUGCCUAUAAGAAACUUAAAUUUUAAAUCUGGAAUGUAGAAAUUUGGAAUUUCAAAAUAGUACAUCUAUACAUAUCUGGAAAUAAUUAUUUGGAAUUUUAAAAUUAUAUUUCCAUAGAAAUCUAGAAUAUGUAUGUUUGACUGCCUAUAACAUGAUCCUGAUUCCCCUAAUAAAUAAGACUUAAUAUUGUCAGAUAAUACAUUGUGAAUUCCUAUCAAUUGCUCCUGUGAUCAGGGCAGUAUUUCAAUUAAAAGCUUAUAAGUAUUCUGAAUACAUUUGAAGGAUGUUACCGAAUUUUCUUAACAUAAUUAUUGCUACUCUUAGAGUUUUAAAAUAGGUUGAAACACAAUGCACCUAAGAGGGCAGUUAACACAUUAUAGAAUAGAUUUCUUUGGAUCUCUAUUACAUUGAAUGCAAUGAAAAAGUAUAAAAAAAACCAAUAUAAAAAAAAGUAAGAAAACAUAGACCACUUUGUUAAAAGAGACCCUACUGUAAAUAUAUUUCUUUCAUUUAUGGCAUUAAACAAAAAAAUUUCAUAACAUGGUUUGAUUGUUUUAUUUAUAAUUUUAGGUAUGUCAAUUUCAUAAACAGUAAUCAAAUAUUGAACAUUCCAGUCAUUAAAUAUGACCCAUUCACCAAUCAAAAAAUCAAGGAAGAAAUUAAAGAGGAAACUUUCAGUGAUGUUAAAUAUAACCAUAACUAUGGAACAAUCCAUAAUAUCCCUUUAUUCAAUCAACAAGAAAUCAAACUGGAAAUUACUAAUGAUGAGACUCAACAAAAAUCUAGCAACGCUACAGUAAAAACUAUACAGUUAGUAGAAAACUAAAACUAAAGAAGGAAAAAAAAAAUAAAAAAUAAUUAUCCCAUUUAUUUUGAGCGCAGUGAUUUUAAUAUGAUAUUUAUGUAUAAUUUUUCUAUUUUAGAAUCUUUGUGUAGGGAGAUAUCAGAAAUAGUGAUAAAGCAUUAAUUGUAUUUCCUUAUAGUAUAAUGUGUAAUAUCACCUACCUUUUUCUCUUUAGCAUUAUCAUCAGUGUUGCUGUUAAGGGUUUGUUAGAGUUAAAUCUCUUUUAAAUUUAAGGACAGGGAUAUUUUAUAUUAGGCUAAAAUUUACAAAUUAAUGCUUUAUUACUAAUAUAAAUACCGGCUUUAACAAAAUUUUUUGUUUGUCUUAACACCUCAGAAUAAUGAUUAAUGCUAUAAACACAUAGCAUUUUUAAUUCUGAGCUAUGCUCACAAUUUUCUGGUUUUGGUAGUUUCGAAUUAAAAAUAAUUACAAUUUUUCUGUAAGAAAAUUUGACUGAGAAGGUAUCUAAAAGAGAUUAUUUUUCAAUAGUUCCUAAAGUUUUCUUGGCAAAUAUGAAAAGAACAAGGAAAAACCAGGAAAAUGUAGGAAAACUGGGAAAAUCAGUACUACAUUAAAAAAAUAUUACUAAAAAAAAAACAGCCGGUUUAAUUAAUUUACUUAUAUUAUAACAUAUAAAUUGAUGACAAAGCAUCACUAUCAACUGAACUCCAUUUAGAUUCCUUUCUUUUGUCAGCAAUGAUUUAUCUUUGCUUAUAAAAAAGUAUUUAGAUACAUACGAAUUAAAAAAUCAGAAAACAUGUACCCCUAUGUUAAAAGAGGAUCUCUCUUUUAAUUUAUUUAUGUCUUUUAUGGCACUAUACAGGAAUUGCAUAACAUGGUUUGAUUGUUUUAUUUAUAAUUUUAGGUAUGUCAAUUUCAUAAACAGUAAUCAAAUAUUGAACAUUCCAGUCAUUAGAUAUGACCCAUUCACCAAUCAAAAAAUCAAGGAAGAAAUUAAGGAGGAACCUUUCAAUGAUGUUCAAUAUAACCAUAACUGUGGAACAGUCCAUAAUAUCCCUUCAUCAAAUCAACAAGAAAUUAAACUGGAAAAGACUAAUGAUGAGACUCAACAAAAACUUAUCAACACCACAAUUGAACCUAUACAGUUAGUAAAAAAUUAAAACUAAAGGAUUUAAAAUAAUAAAUAUAAAUAUUACUCAAUUUAUUUUUUUGUUACUUAAAGCGCAAUGAUUUUAAUAUGAUGUAUCUGUACAAUUUUUCUUUUUUAGAUUCUGAUUGUAGGAAGAAAAUCCAUUGAUUUUACUAUGAUGUUAUAGUUUUUUUUUAUAUUUGUCAAAAGGUCUCUUUUUUUAUUACAUUUUGGAUCUAGAUGGUACCAACUGGAAAAGUUAAUUUUUUAAUAUUAAAAAAGGUUUAUAUAAAAUAAUUGGCAAAAACCGGAAAAAUGUUUUAAAAAAGCGAUUUGAUAUGUCUCCAUGUUGUAGUGUUAUCGAUUUUAUCAUUUUCAAUUUUUAAAAUGUAUGUUUUCUGUAAGAAAUCUUUCUACAAUCAAAAAAAGACAAAAUACCUUUUUAAUUUCAAUUUUUAUUUAAUUAGUUAUUAAAAAAUGUUUGUCAAUUUUUUCCAUCGUUCUCUUUGUAAUUGAAAAACAUGGAGUAAUAAACUUAACGUAAAGUAAAUAAAUAGAAUAAAUAAGUAAAUAAAGUAAAAUAAACAUUUAAGAACGUUAACAGAAAUAAUAAGUCACGAUAAGUUGUACUUAGUUGUGAACAAAUAAAAGUUUAGUGUAAUGCAGACGUUUUUUUAUAUGAGUUGGGUUAAAAUUUUGACGAAAAUCAUAAAAAUGAUUGCACAUCUAAAUGUUUAUAACUGCUCAGAAUCAUUUUUCGUUAGCAAUGGAUUAUUAUUAAUUACAGAAAUAAAUAUAAUACCUUUAUAUUAUAUUAUCCUACCUUUCUAACUUUUCAUCUGUAAUACUGAUGCACCAUCUAUUAUCAAUAUCAGCUCUUUUUUUUUGAAAUACACUUAAUUAAAAUAUUUUCUUUUAAUAUUUUGUUUUUUUUUUUCAUAUAGAGCUAUUGAAAAAGAAAUCAUUAAGAAUCAUGAAUUGGAAUCAAACACCAUCAAAAGUGACAAUGUUUUUUAUACAGAACACCCCGAAUCUAAUGCUGAAAAUGAGUAAGUAUUAAAUUGUAUUCUACGCUGAUUUUUGUAUUAAGUAUUCAUAUUAAAAAUGUUGGAUAUGUUGGAUAUAAAAUUGCUGAUAUGUUUUUAAUAUAAAAACUUGUAUUAUAGAAAAAACUCACGUCCUUUAAUGUAGUCGGAUUUCAUUGAUUUAUUUCAUUUUAAAAAGAGAACAUUUUGCAAAUCGAAUAGAAGAUUUAUUUUCAAAAUUCUAAUUAUUGAAGCUAAAAUAUGCAUUUGAAUAAUGCUAAUAUUGGUUCAUAUUUUUCUAGCGCUAUUCUAAGUCAAAUGAAAAUUCGGCUUCAAUCGUGAAAAAAGUUCUCUUCUUUUAAAUAAAAAAAAAAAAAAACACUAAAAAAUUAGUAUUUUAAUUGAUAAAUUCCACAAACAGUAAAAUAGCUGUCACGUUUUUGGUUACAUCGAGUGUCUCUUCUAAGGUAAUCUACUUUGUGUUGACACCGCUCACAACCGGUUCUUGCAUUCGGACGCGUUAUCUACCAGGUGAUCCACUUAAAUGUGAAUACCCAUUAUUUCGUUUAGUGUCAGAAUUUCUAAAAUUGUAAUUAGGUAAAUCGAAUUCCAGAGCCUAUUGGGAAUUUUGGAAAGAUAUGCUAUUGUGGACUUUGUUUUCAUAAUCUCAUUGAUAAAAAUUAAAAUCAAUGAUAAUAUCAACGUACUAUUUUAUAUUCGGAAUGUAGUAAGGAAUUUACUUGUUUUACUAUGAUGUGUGUGUAUUUUUUAGAUUUGCAACGAAGUAUUAGUAUUAUUUGUUACUUAAAAUUUGGAACAAAGCAUUUUAAUUUGACUUCAAGCUUUUUUGAUCAAGCACCAUUAUGAAUGACAGUAUUCAUAGGACUCGUUCUUUAAAUAUAAAUCAUUUUAAAUAAUUUAUUAUUAUUAUUAUUUUGAAAUACCUAAUAAUUUGUGAUUGCACAUUUCAAAUUGAUUUAUUUACUAUAUUGUAAUUAUAUAUUGGUUCUGAUAUAAGAAUUAUUUAAUUUAAAUAGAUUUACAUUUGUAUAAAAACAACGUAUAUACACAUAAACUCUAUUUCGUCUAGAAUAUUAGAUUAUUUUAAGAAUCACCCCGAGAAAAAUAAAAUAAUGGAGGAGUUGGGAUUUAUAUAUUUGUGGCUAAAAAUUGUAUUUUUUGUUUUGAUUGAAACCUAAUUACCAAUUUUCAGAUUUUUAUGACUUAUUAAAAACUAUUAAAAAUUUGGAGUAUGUCACCCUUCGCCUACCACAUCCUCGAUGCCUCCCUUUUGAGAUAGCCCUGGUUAUAUUCGUUAAAAUUAUUAAGGAAGUACAUUACUAAUUUAUCUUAGGAUAAAAAUGACUCCGUAUAGCUCUGCAGUUAAGCCUCUUCCUCUGCUGUUAGUAUCAUUGCUUCCCAAGCUGUUUCAUUAGUGAACUUAUGAAUAUCCUCGUGUAAUUUCUGAUACAAAUUAUUGCACAUAUUAGGCACAUUCAUAAUAGCACAGAGAGUUUUAAGCUGAACAAAACCUUGCCCAUCAUUGUUCUUAUGUUAACGUUCAUUAAAGACAACUUUGAAUUUUCAGAUUUAACAACCUAAUAUUUGCGACACAUAUUAUAUGUAAACAAAAUUCACUUAAAAAAUCGGUCUUUUGCUCUAUGAUGGUUGAUUUGAGUAAUGUAUUUUUACUUUUUAUUUAAUAGGUACAUAGAUAUUAUUAUGAGGAUAAAAUUAUAGUAAUGAUUGAAAAUUUAAUUCGAAGUUCAUAACAAGUUGUACUUAGUCGUCAAAAAAGUUGAACUUAAUGUAGUAUAUUUGGAUAUGCGUUUUAAGAUCAAAUUUUGAUUUACAACAUUUAAAAAUAUAUUAGGGAAGAUGGGGGAAUCCCGGUCAUAUCUCAUGAAAUCUUAUAGAUACAAAUUAGAUUUAAUUGUGUUUAAACCUAAUAUCAGAUUUUUCUAAGUUACAAAAACAAUUUUUCCGGCUAAAAAUCGUAUGCCAUUCUUGAUUAAAAUUAAUCUAUAGAUUUUGAACGAUAGCGAAAUUUACUGCGAAAUCUGCUCAAUGAAUUUCGUUUAGAUCGUUUAGCCGUGUUCAGACUCAGCUAUAUAGGUGAUCGUCUUUUCACUAUAAACGAAUCUUGUGUAUUAUAACUCAUUUCUGUUCUGGAACAUUAAAAAUUAACUAUAAACCACUAGUCGACGAAGUUGGUAAAUUAAAUGAGUGCUAAAACCAAUAAUACAAGAAAAGAAAAAAAGAAUUCCUUUUUCAAAAAUAUUGUAAAAUGCUUCACACAGUUUUCAACUGCCAUAUAAAAACAUGAAUAUCUCUAUCUCCUUCUACCGCAACCGGUUGUACCUUUAAUAAAGUGGUCUGUUGUAGAUCACUUUGUAUACAAACUAAAUAUGAUUACAUUAUUUGUUAAUAACUAUUAAGACUUGUUGAUUGCAUAUAUUUAUAAUAGGUCAUUAGUUUUUAACAAAAACAAAACACCAUAUAAAUUUAUGCCUAGUAGCUAGAGAAUACAAAGUAGUUUGUGGAAAGAGUAUUUUUUUGUUAUGCAUAUGUACAGACCAUAUGGACCAGCUUUCGAUAUGCUAUAUAAAUAACUUUUAUUUAUUUAGUUUAUAUAUAGUUUAUUUAAAAUUGCAAGAUAGAUAGCUGGAAUUUCGGUGAUUAUAUUUGUUUAGUGAGUUGUAUAAUAUACGUUGAUGAAAAUGGUACUGUUUAUCGAAAAGUUGUAACAGGAAUGAAGUUAAUAAUUAUUACUGCUAAAACCAAAAAGAAAAAGAGAAUUGCGAUUUAAAACAUUUGAAUAGCAUACUAUUAAUUAUAAGAAUAAGUAAUGAUAAAUAAUAACAUACUCUCUGGUUUUUUUUUUUAUCCUAACAGAAUUAACAAAAAAGAAAUGAUUGAAAAAUACCAACAGAAACCAAAACUUAUCAGAUAUAAAAACACUCUCUACACAGAUCAACUCAAUGAUGAUGUUGUAGAACAUAUGGGCUAUGAAAAUAGUUCAUGUAGUUUAGAGUAAGUACUAAGCGAGUAAAAUAAAUAAAAGUAUUGUUAAUAAAUUAUUAAAUAAAUAAAUCAUAAAUUAAUACAAGUCCAUGUACUUAUUACACUGCUAUCACAAAAAACAAAUAAACAGAUAUUAUAUGCGUAGUAGAUAGGCGUAUACUAGAAGUAAUUUCAACGUUAGUAGCAGUGCAAUCAGGUGUAUGGGGCUUGGAGUUAAUCUAGCUCCCUCUCUUAAAAUUUGAGAUUUGUUUUAUAAAUGCUACGUAAUGAGUAUAUAACCGGUAUUUAUGUUGUUAAUAAUACUCCAAGUUAUUUAUGUCGUUGAUGCAUUAUAAAAUAUGAGUUUUUCGCCCUAUGGUACCUUAUUUAAAACAUUUUUCUAUAUUCUCAAUGCAUUAUAUAAACAAUUUAAAACAACUGACGACAAAUGACUGUACAUUAGUUUUGUUUUGUUAAUUUUCGCGUUAUUUUAACCAUCAGUGUCAUUUAAAUAAAUAAAAUGUGUUGAGAUCUAAAAUUUUAAAUUCUGAGUUUAAUAAAGAGUGAUUGAACUUGGAUUUACUGUCUAUAGGCAACUUAACAUCAGAAAACAAACUUCAAAAGAUAAUUUUUGGUUUUAGUCUUAUUUAAACAAGUGUUGUACACUUAUUUUUGUGGUUUUGGAAUUCAGGCUGUACUGCAAUGAAAAAAAAUAAAUAUUUAUAGAUAUCUAUAAAUAGGUACCUAUAAUAUAAUUUUUGAUUUAUAAUCUAGCUAUACAAAAACGUAUAUUUUCAAUGUUUUGUGAUUUUUUGAUAUUUGCAGCGAUGAAGAACAAAAUAUUUGCGGUGAUUGUAAUAAAAUAUAUGCAAAAAAAUUAAAAUUUUUCCCUCAUGAAAGUGAUUCGAGUGAACAAGUUUACGAGUGUGAAUUUUGUAUGGUAACAUUUAAACAAAUAUCACGUUUAGUUCAGCAUGAAAGAUUGCACGUACAGGGAAAUUCUUUUAAUUGUAAUAUUUGUUGUAAACAAUUUUUGUUAAAAUCAAAAUUAUUAAUGCAUAAAAAAUUACACGCAAUCCAAACUUAUACGUGUCAAAUUUGUAAGAUGGGAUUUAAACAAAAAUCAUAUUUAUACGCACAUGAACAAAUACACACAGGACAACUUUUUACGUGCCCAAUUUGUAAGAAGCGUUUUAAUACAAGAUCAAAAUUGUCCAGACAUGAAAGAAUACACACGGAAGAUAAACGAUUUGUGUGUCAAGUUUGUAAGAAGCAGUUUACUGAAAAAUCAAAAUUGUCUAGACACGAAAAAAUUCAUAAGAGGAAAAGAUCCUUCAAAUGUGGUAUUUUUUGUUGUAAGGACUUGUGUCAAAAAUCGCAAUCAAAUCACGAACAAAAAAAUCACAAAGGUAAAAAAAUUAUUGAUUUGUUUAAUGAAAAUGUUAUUUAUUUAGAAAAUGAAUUGUAA